GACGAAUUAUCACGUAAUAUUCAUUUACCUGAAGCUAGUUCAAGUGGCGAACAACAGCAAUCGGCAUUUUUUUCUUUACUGCCUAGUUGCAGCAAAAAAUUAAAUUUAACUGUAAGCAAUUUUUUUUGUUGUUUGAUAUCAUUUAAAAAAAAUUUGUCGCCCCAAUAUUCUCGAAAAAUGUCACUCGUGGGUAAACCACUGGUUUAUAAAAACUAUCGAACAGAUGAACGUUUUCGACGGGUUCAAAGCAAAAUGCACAAUUUUUUAGAGCGACCUCGAGGAUGGAAGGCUGCGGGAUAUCAUUUCGCUGUUUUAAUAAUGGUACUAAUGUGUCUCGCAUUAAGUGUCUUUUCAACAAUGCCAGAUUUCGAAGAGCAAGCAACUUUAAUUUUAUAUUACAUUGAGAUUGUAUUCGUCUUCUGGCUUGCUGUCGAAUAUAUAUGUCGAACAUGGUCAGCUGGUUGCCGAUCUCGAUAUAGAGGCUUAGUUGGAAGAAUUCGUUUUGCUACCUCAGCUUAUUGUAUUAUAGAUAUAAUUGUUAUUAUGGCAUCUAUUAUCGUGUUAUGCAUGGGAGCUACUGGUCAGGUAUUCGCAGCAUCAGCAAUCCGUGGUCUUAGGUUUUUUCAAAUAUUACGAAUGCUAAGGAUCGAUCGACGUGCGGGUACGUGGAAAUUACUUGGUUCAGUUGUAUGGGCUCAUAGACAGGAAUUGCUCACUACACUUUAUAUUGGUUUUCUUGGUUUAAUAUUCUCUUCUUUCUUGGUAUAUCUUUGUGAGAAAAGUACCAACGAGAAAUAUUCAACGUUCGCCGACGCAUUAUGGUGGGGUGUUAUAACCUUAUCGACCGUUGGUUAUGGUGAUAAAACACCCGAAACUUGGCCUGGAAAAAUGAUUGCAGCAUUUUGUGCACUUCUUGGAAUCUCUUUUUUUGCUUUGCCAGCUGGAAUUUUGGGCAGUGGUUUUGCAUUAAAAGUCCAACAACAUCAGAGGCAAAAACAUUUAAUAAGGAGGCGAGUUCCAGCUGCAAGGCUUAUUCAGUGCAUGUGGAGACAUUAUGCGGCCAUUCCUGAGAGUUGCUCGAUAGCAACCUGGAAAGUCUAUCUCGCUCCUACUGAAACAUCACCCGCCAGUCUUAUCAAUCGACUGAAACAAAGUACGAAGAAAAGGCCAUCCAAUGCAAUAAUGAAAACAUUAGCUAUACCAAAGCAUACCGACAAUAUCAGUUUUAUUUCCACAUCAGACUAUAGUGAAGUGGAAAGUCUUGGAACACUUGGUUUUACUCUAGGAGGAUGGAAAUCAAAAAGUAAAGGCGGAACUGGCUUAAAAAAGGUACAUGAUGAUUGCUUUACUUCGCAUCGAGUUGUCACUAGUGGCUCAUCACUUGAUGAAGAAUAUCCAUCAUUACAACCAAGAACUAUCGAUGAUUUUACACCACUAUUGAAAAAUGUUAUACGUGCCAUAAGAAGAAUUCAGUUACUGGUUGCAAGAAGAAAAUUUAAAGAAGCACUGAAACCAUAUGAUGUGAAAGAUGUUAUCGAGCAAUAUUCAGCUGGUCAUGUUGAUUUGCAAGCACGAGUUAAAUGUGUACAACAAAGACUUGAUCAAAUUGUUGGAAAACCGAAAGACGACUCGAAGGUUUCGCUAAUACAUCGCAUUAUUGUUAUAGAAAUGCAGGUGAAUUUUAUGUUUUGUUUAAAUUUUAAUCUUAUUGAUUUCAGUUAG